AUGAUUGAAUCAGCUGCAUCUCCAAAGUCUCAACAAAAUGAGGAUUACACGCAACAAUCGAGUGAGACGCCUUUAUCUCCAAUGUCUCAACAGCCUAAUUUGACACAUAAGGAGACAAUGAAUGAAUCAGAUGAUGAAACUCUUGCCCUUGAUACUCAAGUAUUCUCUCCUAAUCUGACAAAAGAGAAAGAAACAGAAACGUCUACCGAUGAGAGGCCAUCCAAUCCUAAUCAAGAUGGAAAACCAGAUGAUGAGAUUGUGAUUGAGUCACCUGCUGCUCAGACUCAAGUUUUGCAAAAAGAAACACUGGAAAUGAAUGAGACACCUUCUUCUCCAAUAUCUCCAAAGAGUAUUGAGGCUCAAGUUUUUACUCCAAUUCAGAAACAACAGGUAAAUGUUCAAAAAAUCUUGGAGAUUUCAAGUAAUGUUUGAAAGCUUUUGUACGUGUUUUUGAUCCCAUACCUGACUUUUUUUUUGUUUUUUUUGCAGACG